AUGUCUUCAGCUGGCAAUAUCUACAAUGUGUCAUCUGAUCUGUCUCUUCAGGGCUUCGAUCUGUCUCCUGAGAAGGCCAUUGCUGCGUUUGUCUUUGCCGCUCUGAAUUAUAUAAUCAUAUUGUUCUGCAACUCCUUCCUCCUGUUCACAAUCAUAACCAAUAAGGGUCUUCAUGAACCGAUGUACAUUCUCCUGCUAAAUUUGCCUAUUAAUGACCUCAUAGGCUCCACUUGCCUGUUCCCUCAUAUCAUGCGGGAGCUCCUGUUUGACACCAGGACCAUGUCGUUCUCCAUUUGUGUCACUCAGGCUUUCUUUAUACAUCUAUAUGCUGCUACUGCGGUCGUCAUCUUGACUGCCAUGGCAUAUGACAGAUAUGUUGCUAUCUGCCAGCCAAUGAGAUACACUACCAUUAUGAGCAACGUUCACCUCAUGAAGAUCAUCUCAUUGGUUUGGCUCUCUAAUUUGACACUGAUAGCCGUGCUUUUCAUUCUCCUCCUGCGUUUGCCUCGCUGUAGGUCUUACCUUACCUAUCCAUACUGUGACAAUCCCUCCCUGGUUCAGUUGGUCUGCGGAGACACGACCAUUAAUAACAUUUAUGGACUGGUGUUGACAGCUGUCUGUCAGGUGAUAACAGUUGGUCUGAUUUUGUACACAUACCUACAGAUCCUCAUAGCCUGCUUUCACAACAAAAGCUCUGACACGAGAAGUAAAGCUCUGCAGACGUGUGGUACACAUCUAGUUGUCUUUAUCUUGUUUGAGUGUUUGGGUCUUUUCACGAUCAUCUCAUACAGGAUAAAAGAUAUUUCUCCUCAGUUAAGAAAAUUCAUUGCGGCUGCUGGUAUGAUAUUGCCACAGACAAUGAAUCCUGUUAUAUAUGGAUUGAGAACUAAAGAAAUCAGGGUCAAAGGGAUCAAAUUUUUCAAGAAAAAAGUUUUUGCAUUGUGA